AUAUCAAAUAAAUCAAAAAAUGUUGUCUCGCUCUGUUGUCUAUCUUACUGCUCUCUCUGCUACCCUCCUUGCUGCCUUCAAUGGUGCUGCUGCUUCCCCUAUCAAUAAGCGUGAUGAUGAAAUGACUUAUGGUGAUGCUACCUGGUUUAUCGCGUCUGAUUCUGGUUCCAUUGGUGCUUGUGGUGAAUUUGAACCUGAUGAUGGUUAUAUUGCUGCCCUGAACGGUGAACAAUACGGUGAUAUGGAUGCUGUCAGCGAUGAUUGUUUCAGAAAGGUUAGAAUCUACCAUGACGGCAAGUCUGUGGAUGCCACCAUCACUGAUGCCUGCCCUGGAUGUACCUGGGGUUCUCUCGAUUUGACUCCUGUUGUUUUUGAAGAACUCGAUGAUUUGGACAUUGGUGUGAUUGAUAUCAAGUGGAGAUUCCUCGAUUAAAAUACAACCCUCUUUCUUUUAUUUACUACUUUUACUAUCACUACUGAAUAUUCACUGCAUUCUUUUUUCUCUUCAUUUGCAUUACUUUGUUCAUCUUUCCAUUCUCAUAUUACCCACUUUCUUCAUUCCGAUAUUAUCAUGUAUAUAAGCUUAGAAUUGCUACUUCCC